AUGCUGACCCGCAAUUUGGAUCGGUUGCAGUUCCUCCUGCAUACUAUGCUCACCUGCUGCCCUUGCGUCGUGGUAAACUCGCACAGCAGGGAAAGCAUCAAGGAGGUGCUGAAAGUCGUGCAAGCAAGAAUGAGGGAGAUCAAGCAUGGCGACAGCAAUUGCACGGGAACUGCCCUCCUGGUCGGGAUCCCAAACGUUGGGAAAUCGGCCAUUGUUAGUGCGAUGCAUCAAAUUGGGAGGAUUGCGGCAGCAGAGAAGGGGAAGCUCAAGCAUGCGAUUGUGAGCAGCCAUCUUGGAGAAACCAGAGACAUACGUCUUCUUUUCCCCAUUGUAUUGGUUGGUCUCGCUGCUUGGAAGAUUACAGUUGAUUACCCCAUAACCGCCGCGUGA